AUGUCCAACACAACCCCAGACACCCUCUUAAAACUCGCCUCUGAACUCUCCACGCUCGGAACCUCUCUCUCAGCCGCAGGCACCAAACUCGCAGCCGCAGCCGCAUGUCUGGAGCAAGAAGCCGCAAAUAUUGCUCUGGCUAAUGCACAGAAGUGGGGGGUAGAUGUUCAGGUUGCGGUUAGAGCGGGACCGGGAGUGUAUCAUGCACAUGGCCAGGGAAAAGGGGAGGGGCAUGAGAUUGUUAUUAAUGGGGUUAAGAAGUGA